UUUGUCUGAGGGACACUUCCGUUUUUGAGAAACUUCGGCGGACUGCAAGACCACAUUGCAUUCACCAUGGGAUGCGAAGAUGAAGUUAUCCGCAUAGGAAAAAAACUUGAAAAGCUUAUCAACAGUGAUACGUCAGAUCAUUCAUCUGCACUUGACUUGUUAAAGGCUCUUCGUGAUUUAAAAAUGACUCUUGAUGUCUUGCAGAAAACACGAAUUGGCAUGACUGUAAACAAUCUUCGAAAGGCCAGCAACAGUGAUGAUGUGGUCUCCCUUUCUAAAACACUCAUCAAAAAUUGGAAAAAGCUCCUACCAGGGGAUGGAGGCAGUCAAGGAGGAAUGAGUCGACAGUCAUCUACCUCCUCACUUUCUCGAAGCAACAGCUCACAAAGAAUGGACGACGGGGGAGAGAGCGGGGAUGGAAAUUCUCAACCCCCACUUGGCAUGAAUGACAGAGAUGAGAAGCAAACAGCAGGAUCUGUAACAGCAUCAGUAACACAGGAUGCUGUCAGGUUGAAAUGCCGGGAGCUGCUAGCUGCAGCACUUAAAGCUGGAGAAAUGGAAGAAGGGGGAGGUGAUCCAGAAAAACUAGCAGCCAGCAUUGAAGAUGCAAUAUUUCUUGAAUUUAAAAAUACAGACAUAAAAUAUAAGAAUAGAGUCCGAAGUCGAGUGGCCAAUUUGAAAGACUCACGGAACCCACAACUCCGCCAGAAUGUCCUGAUUGGUCUUAUCUCCCCAGAAAAGAUAGCAGCAAUGACAGCUGAGGAGAUGGCCAGUGAUGAGAUGAAACAACUCAGAGCAAAGCUGACCAAAGAAGCCAUUAAUGACCACCAGAUGGCCAAGACAGGAGGAACAUGCACAGACCUAUUUAAGUGUGGUAAAUGUGGCAAGAGUAACUGCACAUACAAUCAGGUCCAGACAAGAAGUGCAGAUGAACCUAUGACAACAUUUGUUCUUUGUAAUAUGUGUGGUCAUCGAUGGAAGUUUUGCUGAUGAGUGAAUGAACUUCAUCAUUGUUUACUCCUGGGUUCUUUUAAUGAGGCCAGCUGUUUGUGUCAACGCCAUCAUCAGUCUGCAUGAACAUCUUCACAGUGUCACCUCAUUGUGCAACAGAAAAAGACUGCAAGCUCUGGAGUUCACUGAAUCUCCUUGGUGUUGUACAUCGCCAACAGGCUAGUGUGAUAACUAUUGGCAGCAGCAUGUUGAAUGGAAGCUUGGCAAAUAGUCAAGUUUGAGCAGGACAGAAAUUGUAUGAUGGCAGUCACAAAAGGGCUGAAAACUGUACUGAGACGAGACACGAGAGAGAUUAAUACUUCUGUUUUAACUGUGAGGUCUUACACAUUAAUCCGUUGCCAGAAAUUUAAUUAUUUAUAAAGUCUAUAGUUGAAGUUAUUGCUAUAAAAAAUGGUAAAUCUUUAGACAGUUUUGCUGCAAUAUGUGUUGAGAACAGAAAAAAUAUGCCUUUUAGUCUAAGAUCCAGUGUGUGAUCUUUAUUCAUCACCUGUUUCUACUAUUAUAAACCGCUGGUUUUCAACACAUUUCUUGAAAGUCACCUCUUGAAAACAAGCAUAAUGAUGCUAAUAAAUGUAAAAAAAACUUUUUUUUACAUCAAGAUUAUAUAUGUCUGAUAAAUUUGCCCACAUUGUGAUCAUCACAUUUUCAAAGUUUCUUGUCUGCACUCAGUUUACAUUUCCAGAAAUAGUUCUCUGCACAGGAAAUCACAAACCAAAGAGAUCAUUAUGUGUGGCCAUACAAUUCUGCGGUUCUAGAAACUUAUGAAGGUUUUGCACAAGUUAGUGUAAAAAUUGCCAUCUUCUAUGACGAAUUUUCUGGCUGCUUAGUAGUGGUGCGUCUGGUGGUCUUGAUAUUAGUUGAGUCCCUUAGGCUUUGUAUAGUUAAAGGAAGAUGGUCAGUUUGAAAAUGUUAAGCUUAAGAUUUAAAGAAUUACGUCCCUUUGUGAAUCGAUCCUUGGACAUUGUUUGAUGCAUACUACAGCACAACUUGGUGUAAGAAGAUUUUUGCCACAUCUCCGAAGAGUUUUAAUAAAUUAAACUGCUGCACCAUUGUUAAAGAUAUGAUAGAGUACUGUUUUUAUGCUUUCUGCAUACAUUGUGAUAAAAUCAGCAAUUUUUUUCAGACAUUUCACAACACUUCCUUUGAAGAAACUCAUCCACAGAGGUGCAACACCUGCAGCUUUAAAUUUAACCCCACCCUUAGCAAAAAAUAAAUGUGCUAGGCAUAACAAUACACUGUGCUUUGUUCAUGCUAAUAGUAUUUUUGUGCUGCAGUUGUGCCCCUUAGAGAAUGCAACCUUUCUUUAAAUGUAUGUAUUUCUUGCAGCAAUAAUGUGUUUAUGGUUGUGGGCUGCAAUCUGUUAUGAAUUUUUCAUUUUAGAGGCUGUGCAUGAGAAAGAUUGAGGGAAUACUACAUCAAUCACUGUUACAGUGCUUUUCCUAAUCUCGUAUGUUUUGGGGUUUUUGUUUUUGUUUUUUUUGUUUUUUUAUUUUUCCACCCUCUCCUCUGGUAAUACCAUCUAGAUGAAAGUUUGAGGGUUUCUUGUUGGUUUUUAUGACACUGUCUCACAUCAGAGGCUGCUUGUAAUGUUAUUAUGGUUUGGACUGUUGUACACCAUGGAUAAGAUCACUGCCAUGAUUUCAGAAACUUGUGUUUGCUGAAAUAUUCACUCUCUGCAGACUAGUCAUGUGAAAGGGAGGCUAAAAUGUCAUUAUAGUCCAGGAUUUGUUGCCCCAGUUUUGGUGGGGUGGGUUGUGUUUUUUUUUUGUUUGUUUGUUUGGUUGUUUUUUUUGUUGUUUGUUUUUUUGUUUUUUUUUGUUUUUUUUUUUUUUUUGGCUUUGAUUUGUGGUGGGAGGGGGGGGAAGACCUAACUCUUGGCAGCUAGUCGGUUCACAAAGGUAUUCUUUUGUUUUGUAUGUGUUUGUAAUAGGAUUUCCUUUCAUGUAGCUUGUAUUUUUCAUUUCUAGGACUUUGACUUGACACCUUCCUUUCUGUGUGGCCACAUAAUGCAAAAUGAUUAACAGCACUUUAUGGAAAUAGCAGUCUAUGACACAAAGAAAAUUAAUAUGUGGGAAGAAAUUUAUAAAUUAUUAUGUAAUAGACCAGUCUGCAAGAUCUUAAGAAUGACAGAAAAUUACAAAGUUCCUCUUUGACUUUGUUAGAACUUAUUGCUUAUAUUAACUAAAAUCUGGCAUGAUAUUGUAUAUUCUAUCUGAAAGAUGAUUAAUGUAGCCUUUGUAGAUAGUGCAUGGUAGCAACAAUUGUAAAGCCCCUCCUGGCCUAAACAAGAGGGUUAGAGUUAACAGCCUUCUCUCUCAAACUCUAAUUGCUCAAGGCAUUCACAGUAAGAGUAAAAAGAUUACUUUGGAAUAUGUUUGCUAAUCAAAAAUCUUACUGUGUCAUGUUAAUUCUUAUAAAUGUUAGCAUCUUUGGAUUUUUAUUAAACUUGCUCCCUUUUGCUUGGACAUGUUAAGAAUUAUGAAAUAAGGCAGUUUUGGAUGGUCAGGUUGGAGAAUAAAAAUGGAAAUGCUACUGGCAAAUUUUAA